CAAGAGAAAGGAAACGACGAGGCGGGAGUGUGGGACCAGCCAUCAUGAAACUUGGACGGUCGAUAUCAACCCUCAUUCUCCCUCACGGACGAUAAAUACGGGCAAUAGAAAUCUUUCUACAUCCAAAUCUUCUUAUGAGAUCCUCAAGUCAAAUUUUCUUGAAAUCAUCGAAAAUGUCUUGCUGCGGAGGAAAGUGUGGCUGUGGCUCUAGCUGUAGUUGCGGCAGUGGCUGUAAUGGAUGCGGUAUGUACCCUGAUUUGAGCUACUCAGAGGCAACCGGCGCCGCCACCACUGAGACUCUCGUUCUCGGAGUUGCUCCUCAGAAGAUAUACUUUGGGGGAUCCGAGUCGGAGAUGGGUGCGGAGAAUGGGUGCAAGUGCGGUUCUGAUUGCAAGUGCAAUCCAUGCAACUGCAAGUGAGGGGCAAAGCCGGAACUUGAAGCAGAGAUGGUGAAGAAUGUUUUAGUUUAAUAGUUUGUUGUGUGUGUGUGAAUAGGGGCAAAUUAGUCAUAUCCUGUAUGGGUGAUGAAUUAAUUAUGUUCCUUGUAAUAAAGUGGGUGAUUUGGUGUGUUUUGUGUGCAUUUGGUGUUGUAACCUUCUCUGCAUUUGUCUGGAGUCUCCUAUAAUGUUAGAAGACGGUCAGGGUCUGGUUGAAUUAAUUAAUGAAAACUCCUUUCUUCUUCUACUA